AUGACAUUAAAUUUUAAUGAAAUAUUAUUACGUGAUUCUGAAUUACUGAAAGUAUUAUCAACUUUAAAAGGGAUACCAAAAAAUAUGACAAUAUAUGAAUUAAUUCAUAUACGUAAAACAAUACCAAAUAUUGUUGAAAAUUGGAUUAAUUUUAUGAAUAAUGAACAACUUUUACAUGAUUAUGAAUAUGGUAAAAUAUCAAAAGAUGUUUAUCAUGAUUUACAAAAAUCAAUAGUAUUUCUUCGUAUAGUUCCAUGUGAAAUCAAUAUUAUUAAACAAUUAAAAUCUUGUUUUAUUAUUCAACCAUCAUUAAUGAAUUUAAAACAUAAAAUUCAUUUAGCCACCUUAUCAACAUAUAUACAUUCAUGGAUUAAUCCAAAUCAAUUAAUAUUAUAUGUUUAUCUUAUGAAUUCAAACCAUCAAAUCUAUGAACAUUUUUAUAUUCAUUUAAAUAAUAAAUUAAUAAAAACAAAUAUAGAAUAUUUAAAUAUUAAAUCAACUCAUCGUCAAGUGAUAUGGGAUAUUAGUUUAAUGAUUAAACAAUUACAAUAUUCUAAAUAUGAUUUAAUUGAUUCAAUAAUAAUGACAUUAAUUAAUAGAAAUGAUAUCAAUCAUAAUAUAGAUGAUAUUGAUUUGAAUUAUAUUGAUUUAUCAAAUGAAUUUCUAUGGAAAUCAAUGAUAAUCAAUAAAAAUGAUACAAUCAAUAAUAUACCAUUGAAUAAUCAAUAUGAAAUAGAACAAAAUUUGAAUGAAAAUAAUAAUAAUAAUAAUCUUAAUUUUAUAAAUGAUCAUGAUUAUGAUCUUAAUUUUACAAAUGAGAAUAAUAAUAAUGAUGAUGAUAUAAAUGAACAUAAUGAUCCAAUUAAGAAAUUCAAUAAUCAAUACGAAUCUAUAUUGAUUAAAAGAAAUAUAAUAAAAUCUAAUAAUAAUAAUAAUAAUAAUAUUGAUAAUAUAUUAAGUGAUAAUACACAAAUUAUAUUAGAAAUGAAAACAUUAAGCAUUAUACAAUUAGAAAAUCAAUAUUUAUUAAAAAAACGUUUAAUACAACGAUCAUUUUUAAUUGAAUCUACUAAAUCAUCAAUACAACAUAUAACACAAUCAUGUCCAAGUUUUUUAGAUAAAAAUAAAUAUGAAACAAAAUGUUGUUUAUUUCGUUAUACAUUAAAUAAAAUGCAAAUGGAUCAAAAUGAUAAAUUAAGAUUUAUUAUAUUUCCACAUCAUUUACCAAUAAAUAUGUGUCAUGGUAGAUGUAUUGGACUUUACAUGCCGACUGAUAAUGCUCACAGCAUUCUAAUGAAUCGUUAUUUUUCUGGACUGGGUUCUGUGGAACGAGAAGCUAUCUAUAAUUCAAUGCCAUGUUGUGCUGCCAAUGAAACAAUACCAUUUACAAUACUUUAUAAAGAUCAUAAAGAUCAACUGGUCACGGAAACUUUGCCUAAGGCUGUAAAAACAAAUUGUGCAUGCAGUUGAAUCAUAUUAAUACACAAAUAUGCACCGAAAUAAAACACAAAUUAUAUACAUACUACUGAAAAUUUAGUAGUAGGCAAUCAAUUGUUUUAAAAAUAAAAUAAAGCAAUAUUGUUAAAUUUCUA